AUGCCGUUCACCAAGUACGAGCAAGAGGGAGUUCAUACUUUGCUUCAGUUCUAUAAUCCUUCCCUUUGCUGCUUCACGUUCACCGACUACCUCUUGGUUCCAACAUUAGAAGAGUAUUCCCUAUUUCUUGGAGUUCCUAUAAAGAAGGAAGUACCAUACUAUGGCACCAUGAAGACCCCUGAUUCCAUUGAAAUUGCUAAGGCUCUUUAUUUGAGCAAGUCGGUCGUGGAAGCAAAUCUCACCAAGAAGGGAGGAGGUCUUGGUUUUUGCAUGGAGUUUCUGGUCAAAAGGGGUUGUGAGGCUGUUGAAGCAAAGGAAUGGGACACAUUUAGGGCUAUCCUGGCUCUAAGUAUCUAUGGUAUCAUGAUGUCACAUUUGCCUGAGCGUGGCGCUUUCGUUGAUAAUAGGCACACAUCUAAGUGGGCUGAGAGGAUUAUGGGGCUUAGGGCCAAAGAUAUUGUCUGGUAUAAUAAAGCUUUAGAUGACAUGGAAGUUAUUAUGAGUUGCGGAAAGUUCAAAAAUGUACCUCUCAUGGGUCUUAGAGGUGGAAUCAACUACAAUCCUAUCUUAGCCAGAAGAACAUUUGGGUACGCUUUUGUAAGUCCUCCUGAACAAACAGAGAUUGCUGAGAAUAUUUUCUAUCAUUCAGCCACCGACAGUGGGCAGAUGGCAGAAGUUGUACAAGCUUGGAAGAGUAUUUGUUGGAGAGAUAAGAAACAUUUCGGUCAGAGAGAUUGUGCUACCUACGAGGAUUAUACUAAGUGGGUCGAAUCUGUGGUUGAUGCUCAAGGGAUGCCUCUCCCUCCUAAAGAUCCUUUGUACCCCCCUACUGGUGAACAACCCAACAUUGUUUCCAUGCCUCGUUAUAAUCAAACUGUGGAUCAGAAUCGGAAGUUGACUGAACAGAUGGAAACAAUGCAUGUUAAGAUGAAUAUUGCUCGGCAAGAGAAGCUUUCCGCACUCCAUAAGUUGAAAUUAAGAGAAAUAGAGCUUGAAGAAUUGUAUGCUAGAGGGAGCACUUCUCAAAAGAGGCCAAGGAUGACUGUAGGUGCUAAAUCUACUGAAACUCAAGAAAAGAAGCUGAAAGACCAUUAUGAGGCUCAGUUGGCAGAUUUGACUGAAAGACUCCAGAUUCAGACUAAAGAAGCCAAUUCAGAAAAAGGCUCGUCGUAA